AUGCUGACUAUAAAUCCGAAAGAGGUUAUUGAUAUGAAAACGGUGGAAGCGUUCGACACUCUUUACUACGCCGUCGAAGCCGCGGCAGAUCAGCUGAUGCCGAAACCACGGGAGCGAGUCGAUGACCGUGCGUUGGGCGAGUCCACUGCGAAUUCAGCCGCGAAAUUCAAACCUAUUGCGCAGGUCAGAUUGCCGAAAAUUGAACUGCCUAAGUACGAUGGGAAUAUUGAACAUUGGCAGACUUUUUAUGAUACAUUUUUGUCACUUGUACAUGAAAAUGAGAACAUAAGCACCGCCGCGGCUUGCCCUGUUACCUCCAUGCCUGGCCAACAAGCGUCAGCAUCCGGAAUGGAGCCAGCCGCAGUAACUAUGAACACCACGAGUUCUGGCGCACACGUUGGACACAGCCGUGCACUCGUUCUUCUCGGCACAUGUACGGUGCGAGCGCGUGGGCCUGCAGGAACAUUUAACGUGCGCGCACUUAUAGAUAGCGGAGCGCAAGAUUGUUUUAUGACUAGUGCUUGUGCACAGCGUCUGGGCUUACCUUUACGUCGCUGCCACGUAGCCGUAGCUGGUCUAGGUCAAAACACUGUCCACCAGAUAAAGGGCAUAGCGUCAUGUUCUAUACAACCUUGCGAUUCCCAUGAACCAAGUUUCGAUGUCUCUCCGAUCGUAAUGAACACUAUUACAAACAAAAUGCCCGCAGUAGAAGUCCCUUCUACUGUUCGAGAUUCUUUUAAACAUUUAACUCUAGCGGACGAAAACUUUGAUAAACCUAAUGACAUUGAUUUAUUGUUAGGUGCCGAGCUGUUUCAUAAUGUCUAUGACGGUCAGCGUUUAAAUUUGGGCCCGGGCUUGCCGGUCGCUCUGCACAGCGUAUUCGGCUGGGUUCUCACGGGGAAGCUCGACCCCGAGUGUCGACCCCCACCGACUACCUCUUCCCUCUUUGCUUCCACACUUGCCCUAGACAAUGUGGUCAAGCGUUUUUGGGAGGUCGAAGAGCCCCCGUCGGUUGAUAUUUCAAACCCAGAAGACGAUAAAUGUGAACAGUUAUAUACCAAUCUAGUGAAACGCAAUCCUGACGGAAGGUACGUCGUUCCUAUGUUAGUCAAGGAGCCGUGCGAAAAACUCGGGGAUUCUUAUAAUAUUUCUUUAUCACGAUUCACAAACCUUGAAAGACGACUUCAUCGUCACGACCAACUGAAAGAAGAUUACGUCCGCUUUAUGCGCGAGUAUAGCGAGUUGGGUCAUAUGCAACCUGUUGACCCACCGAACGAUAGUGACCGGAAUAUAAUUCCUCACCAUUGCGUUUUAAGACCAGAUAGUUCAACUACCAAACUACGUGUAGUUUUCGACGGCAGCGCGAGAACUACUAACGGGAAGGCUUUAAACGAUAUUGUCCACACCGGUCCAAAACUGCAAAAUGAUAUCGUAGACAUCAUUACUAAGUUCCGCCUUCACGAGGUAGUUUUCACCGCGGACAUCUCUAAGAUGUACCGUAAUAUUGAUUUGCGACCGGAAGACCGUAAAUACCAACACAUUUUUUGGCGAGACUCGACUUCAGAACCUGUACGCGAGUACGAACUCACUACUGUUACUUACGGGGUGAGCAGCUCACCUUAUCUUGCAAUAAGAACUUUGCAUCAACUCGCCGAUGAUCACUGUGCACAGUGGCCCCGCGCUGCUGAAAUAAUCAAACAUGACACUUUUAUGGACGAUAUCACAGUCGGAGCCCCUUCUGUAGAAGAAGCUAUUGAAUUGAAAAACGAAUUAGUUAAAUUACUGGACUGUGCUAAAUUCGAGCUCCGCAAAUGGAGUAGCAAUUCCCCUGAGUUUCUUUCCCAAUUACCUUCGGAGCAUUGUCAAAUACCAAAACCGUUUUGUGACAAUAGCAAUCAACACACGCUUAAGAUUCUUGGAAUACAGUGGGAUCCAACUCAAGACAAUUUCACUUAUUCGGCAUCUCAGCUAGAUUCGAAAUGUACAAAGCGUUCUAUUCUGUCAAAUGUCGCUCGCAUUUAUGACCCUCUUGGGUGGUUAACCCCGGUGGUUCUUAUAGCCAAGUUGCUUAUUCAAGACCUGUGGCGACGUCAGUUGGACUGGGACGAAUCCGUUCCUGCGGACGUUUCACAACAGUGGCAAAACUUCGUAUCGGAGUUACAAAAUUUGACUGAAGUGCGUAUUCCUCGUCGAGUAGCACUUUCUAAUACAGCCAAAUACGAACUAGUCGGGUUUUGUGAUGGAUCGACGAAGGCUUACGGGUGUUGCGUCUAUCAACGAUCAAUUGGCGACGGCGACAUUACAUCGCACUUGUUAAUUGCGAAGUCUAGGGUAGCCCCUUUAAAACCUUUAACGGUUAACCGACUUGAGUUGUGUGGUGCUGCUCUUCUUGCGCGCGUGUUAAAGCAUAUGUAUAGUUUACUUCACAGUCAAAUUAACAUCGUGCGAGUAACUGCCUUCACAGACAGUAGUACUGUGUUAGCGUGGCUGAAUACACCUCCCUACAAACUUAAGACGUUUGUAUCGCAUCGUGUGGCUAAAAUAAUAGACGAAGUAAGCGUCGAAAAUUGGUUACACGUAUCGACUCAUGAUAACCCGGCUGAUCAUUGCAGUCGUGGUCUUCCCUGUUCUCAAAUUAUUACGAGUCCAACUUGGUGGUCUGGACCAAAAUGGCUUUUAGCCGAAUCAACAUCUUGGCCUAUUCAAAGAGAAUUAGUUUCCCCUGACAAUAUUCCCGAACUGAAAUCUACAGCUCACGUAGCAUUACCAACGUCUGAGAAGGAUGAUGCUGUUUCACAACUUAUUCACAAGUGCUCAUCUCUUUCACGUGUACAACGCGUCUUAGCGUGGUGUUUGCGUUUCGUUGCGAAUUCAAAGCGUUCGUCUGAGGCUCGUAUAACAUCACCAUUAACGGUUGAGGAAUUGAACACUUCGCUGUCUACGCUAGCUCGACAUGAACAAGCAGCAUCGUUUUCGGAAGAAAUAGACUCCGUCAAAUCAAACAUCCCUUCCUCCGGCGCCGCAGCCUGGGGGCGCUCGGCGGGGCGACGCGACGCGACACAGCGAUGGGGGCGACAACAGAGCGAUAGCGGUAGGGCCGAUAAACCGCCGCGCGCGACUGUACCGAUGCGUAUGUCGCGUGGUUACGCGCUAUUAACCGUGUCGGGCGCCGCGCUACUAGUCCCACACUAA